GGACUAUCGAUAACUAGCUGUAAACAGCUGUCUUCCGAGCGAAAAUGGAGCAUGCGCACAGCGAGACCAGCGAGCUGAUACAAAGACUCGUGAGUCUGAGUUUGACUGAAAAUGGCGAGGAAAUUGAGGGUAUUCUUAAAAACCUGCGUCUGCUUCUGACCCAAAGCCAGGAGAGUCAAGAAACUCUGGCCAGGAGUGCAGAAUUUUCAAGUUUUCUCGAUGCCGUGUCCUUUAACCCACUGAUGCGCACGGAGCAUCGAGUGGCGCACAAUCUGUCACUGCAGGUGCUGGCCAAUAGCGUGGUUAAUAAUGAGGUUACCCAGAGAUUGACAUGGAAUCUUCACGGCUCUAAGAUCGCUGAACAAGCGUAUGCUUCUCCGCUGGGCACCCCCAACAACAUACUCCUAAUGAUCAUGUACAACAUAUUCCUGAGUGGUCGCGGUAGUCUAGUCACCGACCAGGUGGCACUCCAGACCUGCGUACGUCUGUGGCGGGCCCUAAUUGAGGCUCGGUGCCCCUACAGUCCCGAGUAUUUGCACUUCUUUUUGGAACACUUUAUCGUGCAGAACGGACGUGCCUGCGUGGCCUGCUACCAGAAACUGGACACGGAGGAUCGAAUCGCCUUUCUGGACUACGUGGCGCAUUACCUGUACAAAAAUAGCCCGAAUGGUGAGGUCACGCUAUUCCUGCUUCAGCACUUUGCCAAAGAGUUCCGCCUGAAAUCGGACUGCAUCCUCCGGGAAACUCUCAAGCUGAAGCACGAACUGCAUCCCCGCGAGGUUCACACUCUCCUUCGGAUCAUUGCCAGUGUUAGUGGCUCCGAGAAGUACGCCAAUGUCUAUGCCACCGAUCAUUCGCUGUUCAUAAACGUGAGUAGCCUACUCAGAUGCGUGGUGGCUGCGGGCAAGGAACCCGAUGGCGGGGGGCUGGACAAGCCAAUGACAAAGCUGGAGGAGGUUGCUCUAACCUCAGGCAUCGAUGCGGGCUACGAGAAGAAUGUGUCGUAUGAACUGAAAACCCUACUCGUGCGCUGCUCUGCGAAUCUUUUGUAUGAAAAUAAGGAAAAUAGGGGUUAUUGCCUCGAUACACAACUGCUGCCGGCCCUCCUGGAGUGCACUACGAUGGAUGCCAGGAAUCCGUUGAUGCGCGAGUGGAGUAUCUUGGCCAUUCGGAAUGCCUGUAUCAAUUGCCCGGAGGCACAGCAGGUGAUUGCCGGUCUAACCAUGCAAGGCUCCGCGCCCAAUGACACUCUCAGCGAGCUCAACCUGGAUAUGGGUGCGUUACGCAUCUCGGACAGGCGGCAAUAGCACACAAAGCAGCACAUCCAACAAGUCACGACCACUGGCUGGCUAGCUGGCCCACAACAAGUGGUUAGCUAGCUGUCUUUCGCACCACGUCAUCCUCCGCAUCCCCCUUACAGUGCGCUAAUGGUAUGCCAAAACUCAGAUCCAACGGCAUUCAUAAACGCGAUGUCAACGGUUUAAUGGCACAGUCGACGGAAGAGAGAGAGCGCCGCACGGACGGAGCAAUGUCGAAUGAUGGCUAGCGUGGCUAGCGAGUAGGAUAUAAAAAUAGCUGCCCAUGUACCAUGCUCUGUGUACCAUUAAAGAGAGAUGCCUAAAUCCA